AUUAUCGCUUAUAACUCAAGAGAGAGAGAGAUAGGUGUCAGACAUUUCAAUCAUCUGAUUGUUUGUUUGUUUGUUGUUUAGAUCAUCACAUCAUUGGUCACCCGAUAUCAUCACCCGAUACACACACCCGAAGAUUAGUCCACUUUUUAAUUUGUGGUUCAAAAAUGUUUCGGUCGGCCGAAGAAGAUUAGCUCAUCUUUCACUUCAUGUUAAAAACCAAGAAGUGGUUGAAACAAACAAACAAUAGAUAAUGUUUUCGGCACUCAAACGAUUGGUCACUCAUAAUGACAACAUUCAUAACACAAGCAACAGUCAUCAUCAGUUGCCACAGUCGGCCACAAUUGAUGGCCUCCGGCACGGAGUGUCGCCAAUGGAUCAGCUAUUGCAGCGAAAGUUUGCCAAAGGAGUCCAGUAUAACAUGAAGAUUAUCAUUAAAGGCGACCGAAAUGUCGGCAAAACAUCGCUAUUCUUGCGAUUACAGGGACUUCAGUUCAAAGACGAUUACGUACCCACCGAUGAAAUACAGGUGGCAAGUAUUCAGUGGAACUAUAAGGCAACCGACGAUGUGGUCAAAGUAGAGAUCUGGGAUGUAGUGGACAAAGGAAAGAAAAAGAAGAAGAAUUUGGAUUCAUUGAAAUUGGAUAACAAAUCUGUAGUUAACAACUCAGUCGCCGCCGCCUCUAACGCUGUCGACGAUGACCAGCAGCCAUGUCUUGAUGCCGAGUUUGUCGAUGUCUAUAAGGGAACCAAUGGUGUUAUAUUGGUAAUGGAUAUGACCAAACAAUGGACAUUCGAGUACAUUCAGAAAGAGUUGGACAGAAUACCCAAACAAAUACCUGUCCUUGUUUUGGCCAAUCAUCGCGAUAUGGGUCAUCAUCGGUGCGUUUCGGAAGAUCAGGUCCGGUCGUUCAUCGAUAGUGUUAUCGCUGACGACGGCAACGACAAUAACAUCGACCGACAGAUUAGAUACUCGGAGUCGUCGAUGCGUAACGGAUUCGGUCUGAAAUAUUUGCAUAAGUUUUUCAAUCUACCAUUUCUUCAUCUGCAACGUCAGACAUUGUUAGGACAAUUGGAGACAAAUUUAGGCGAAAUGCAGACCACUAGCGACGAAUUGGAUUCAUUGCAAGAAUCGGAUGACCAAAACUAUGAUCUAUUUUUAGAAUUGUUGACUAAUCGGAGGCGAAGAAUUGCCGAUCAGAUGUCCAAUAAAGUUACGGAUUCGCAAAACGGUUUGCCGUCGUUGCCAUCACAGCAACCGCCGUCCCGAAGUAAAUCCAUGCCAUCGAGUUUGGCACAGAAAGCAUUGGCAAUUAGUAGUGCCGGCAAUCAUAGUAAUAUCGGUAAUACUAAUGAGCCGAUGGUUAAUAAGCCGUCGCCCAGUAUUAUAAUUGGCGCCAAUAAUCCACUUCCGCCUAAAUUUUCGGCAAAUACUAACUUAAACUCUUCAUCAUUGAUGCAAAAGUCUGUAGCAAACAAUCAAAAUACUACUAAUAAUAAUCCCAAUAAAACUAAUAGUAGUAAUAGUCAGUCAAUUAUUAAUAUCGGUGGCGGCGGUAGCGGUAAUACUAAAUCAAUUGUCAAUAAUGUCGAUGACUUUGUUCCCGACGACGAAAAGACAUCGUUCAGACAGUUUCUUGACGAACCACUCAAUGCCAUCAACAACGCCACCGCCAAUGAUGUUAAUAAUUACGAUGAAAGUGAUAGUGAUAACGAAUUAUCAGCAAACAAUCCAAUGGUAGCCAAAUAUCAGGAAGAAUUAGAUCCUGAAGAUCAGCUGCCGAUGAUGACAACUGCCGCCGCCGACAAUGAAUUUACUGCCGUUUCUACUGUCGCUGAUCUACUAGAAGCCAACAAACAGCAACUGAUUGUCAACAACAAUGACUUUGAUAAUACUAAUACUACUAAAACUGUUGAUAAGAAAAAAAAUCGGACACCAAUUGUGUCCACCAGUAAACAACAGCAGUCGAUAUUUCCGAUAAGUGCACUGAAUAGUAGUGAACCAAACAACAGUGACAAUCAUCAUUAUAGACCAUCAAUAGUGGCGGCCACUAAUGGUGGCGAUGUCAGCAGCACAUCAACAACGUUAACCUCGACUACUACUACUACCACCACCAGUGCCGACACAUCGGAAAUUGGCAGCGAAUCGGGUUCAGUGACUACCAACAAGUCAUCGAAUCAUAGAAAACAAAGUACCGGUAAAACAAAAUCAAAGACAAAGAAAAAGUCUUCGUCGACGACAAAGUCGAAGAAAAAGUUGGCCUCCAGUGAUGUCGUCGAUGGCAACAAUGAUGAUGUCGCCGCCGCCGAUGAUGAACAGCGCCGUCUCGAAGAGUUUUUAGGACCGGAAGUGAGUCGGGAGACAAAGUUUUACGAAGAGAUUUAAAGAGACACACAAACACUUACACACAAUAAGA